AUGCAGGUCCUCCUCCCCGGCGACCCGCUCCCUGCUUCCUCGUCGGCCUCAGCAACGGCCCCCAGUGCCGCCUCGCUCCACCUCGGCCCCGGUCUCGCCGCCUCGACCGCCGGCGCCGCCAAGGGCAAGGGCAAGGAGCGCGCAGACGUCGCUGCCUCGCGCGCAGGCCUCCUCGGGCACCUCGUGCACGGCGACAAGGAGCGCUACUGGAUCGAGGGUACCGUCAAGCGGUACACGCCUCAACCGCCCGAGCCCGUCCUCGGCAUCAUCAUCGCGCGCCACGCAGAAGGGUACCGCGUCGACAUUGGCGGCGCGCAGGCGGCGUCGCUCGAUGCGCUCGCGUUCGAGGGCGCCACCAAGCGCAACAAGCCCAACCUCAAGGUCGGCACGCUCGUCUACGCCCACCUCCUGUCGACCCCGCCCUUCUCCGAGCCCGAGAUCUCGUGCGUCGACGGCUCGACGCAGAAGGCUGCCGGCUUCGGCGAGCUCGUCGGCGGGUUCCUCGUGCGCGGUGUCGAGCUGGGCCGGUGUCGCGCGCUGUUGGCGCCCAAGAACCCGCUGUUGACGCAGCUGGGUGCGAGGUUCCCGUUCGAGGUGGCGGUGGGCAUGAACGGGCGCGUGUGGGUCAAGGCGGCGCAGGAGGACGACGAGGACCAGCUCGUCGACGUGAUCCGCGAGCUGCGAGGGCGGUAG